AUGGGCGCCGACGCCUCGCCGCAGAACCCGCUUAUGGCCGCUGCCGCCGCCGCCGCCAACACAGCAGGCACUCACAGCACAAAGCAGCCACAUCCACCAAGAACACGCACGCCAGCCGCGGCCGCGUCCGCGGCCGCGGCGUACAAGGCCGCUGCCGCCGCGGCCGCCGUGGGGGCGAACUCCGCCGGCGGCGUCGACCUCACCCCGGCCGCCGCGCGGCGCAACAAGAAGCGGAAGCUCCCCGAGAAGCAGCUCCCCGACCGCGUCGCCGCGCUGCUCCCGGAGUCGGCACUGUACACUCAGCUGCUCGAGUUCGAGUCCCGCGUCGACGCCGCGCUGCACCGCAAGAAGGUGGACAUCCAGGAGGCGCUCAAGUCACCCCCCGCGCUGCAGCGCACGCUCCGCAUCUACGUGUUCAACACCUUCGCCAACCAGGCGCCGCGCACCAUCCCGCCGCCCAAGAACGCCGAGCCGCCCACCUGGUCGCUCAAGAUCAUCGGCCGCGUGCUCGAGGACGGCGCCGAGCUGGACCCCGCCAGCGUCGUGCCCAAGCACAACCCUGUGUACCCCAAGUUCUCGUCCUUCUUCAAGAGGGUGACGAUUGCGCUCGACCCGUCGCUGUACCCGGAGAACCCGCUGAUCAUUUGGGAGAAUGCGCGGUCGGCCGCCCCACAGGAAGGGUUCGAGGUGAAGAGGAAAGGGGAUAAGGAGUUCUCCGCGAAUAUCCGGCUGGAGAUGAACUAUAACCCUGAGAAGUUCAAGCUCUCGCAGCCUCUGAUGGAGGUGCUCGGGGUUGAGGUGGACACUCGUUCGAGGGUGAUUGCUGCCCUCUGGCAGUACAUCAAAGCGAAGAAGCUGCAGAAUCCAACCGAUCCUUCGUUCUUUAUGUGUGAUCCACAGUUGAAGAAGGUCUUUGGGGAGGAUAAGCUGAGGUUUGCGAUGCUAUCGCAGAAGAUAUCACAGCAUCUCUCUCCUCCGCCGCCCAUCAACUUGGAGCAUAAGAUUAAGCUCUCUGGGAAUGGCGCGCAUGCGAGUGCUUGCUAUGAUGUGAUUGUGGAUGUUCCUUUCCCUCUGCAGAAGGAGAUGUCUGCAUUUCUUGCCAACACUGAGAAGCACAAGGACAUUGAGGCAUGUGAUGAGGUGAUAUCUGCUUCGAUCAAGAAGAUCCAUGAGCACCGCAGGAGGAGGGCAUUCUUCCUUGGUUUCAGCCAGUCCCCAGUGGAGUUCAUCAAUGCACUGAUAGCGUCUCAGAGUAAAGAUUUGAAGCUGAUCGCAGGAGAAGCAAAUAGGAAUAUUGAAAGAGAAAGACGUGCAGACUUCUAUAAUCAACCAUGGGUUGAGGAUGCUGUCAUAAGAUACCUGAACCGCAAACCGGCUAGCGGUAAUGAGGGCCCAGGCGGUGGUGCUGGUGGUUCAUGAGGAAAGGGGUUGGUAUUACUGUAGUGCCAUUUUGGUGUAGAAACAAGCUAUCUGUUAUGUACUAGUAAAAAUUCAGAUAUGUUAGCGACAACCGAUUUGUUUGCUGCUGUGAAUGAUCUUGGCAGGUGUACCUCCAUUGUCUGUCCAAACGAGUUAUCUACUUGUAUGAUUAUGUGAUAAGUGAUCCCUAACUACGGUGGCAGUAUGAAUUGUCAUGCUAAUUGCUAAAUGCUGAAGGGAAAAUGCUCUGUUCUAGUUACCUAACAUAUAGGUAUCA